CACCUUCCUUCCUUCCCACCUACCUUAGAAAUACUUCUUGGUUAGAAAAAUUAAAAUUUUCAACACUAAAUGUUGGAAAGCUGAACUUGAUCACAUAACAGUGACUUGGUCUGUCAAGUGGAGAUGGUAAUAAAACUGAACUUAAGCAGCUGCUCUUUAUAUUUACCCCUUAACUGUAAUGGUUAACCACAGCAUGGUUUCUUGAGAUAACACUUUAUAGCGUGGAACCAUCUUGUUUGGUAUGUUGAAAUUACAAAGUCAUAUUGUUGUACAUAACAGCUCAGCUAUAAAUUGCCGUAAGCAUAGUGUGGUAUGGUCAGUAAAAGCUCCCUGAUCUGUAUUUCACAUAUGGUGCUCUGUUGGCCCCCUAUAAUUUUUUCUUUCUGUUUUGUGAAUAUCCUUUCCAAAACACUUUCUUGACCUUCAUUUUAUUAAUUAAAAAAAAAAUAAAUCUGUAUUUCUGUUUUGGUUUGUUUUCCUGCAGGCAGGAUCAUAAAAUCUUAAUCAAGUGAAAAUGGCCUUUAGCAAUCUGACAUCAAAGGCUGUGCUACUGUAUGAUGAAUGGAUUAAAGAUGCCGAUCCAAGGCUGGAAGGAUGGCCGCUCAUGUCUUCACCUUUUCCAACAACCUUUAUCGUUGUAACCUACAUUUAUUUUGUCACUUCUUUGGGACCCAGAAUCAUGGAAAAUAAAAAGCCUUUUGAACUCAGGCAGAUAAUGGCAUUUUAUAAUUUUAGUGUGGUGGCCCUCUCUCUAUAUAUGACUUAUGAAUUUCUUAUGUCGGGUUGGGCCACAGGGUACUCAUUCCGAUGUGAUAUUGUUGACUACUCGAGGUCACCUACAGCUCUGAGAAUGGUACGAACUUGCUGGCUUUACUACUUUUCCAAGUUCAUUGAAUUAUUGGACACUAUUUUUUUUGUGCUGCGUAAGAAAAACAACCAAGUUACAUUCCUGCAUGUCUUUCAUCAUUCCAUCAUGCCAUGGACCUGGUGGUUUGGAGUCAAAUUUGCUGCAGGUGGUUUGGGAACAUUUCAUGCGCUGCUAAACUGUAUUGUCCAUGUUGUCAUGUACACGUAUUAUGGAAUCUGUUCUUUGGGACCAGCCUAUUAUAAAUAUUUGUGGUGGAAAAAAUACAUGACCACUAUGCAACUUGUCCAGUUUGUUUUGAUUACAGGCCAUAUUGCACAAAUCUACUUCAUGGAUGAUUGUCCAUACCAGUAUCCAAUUUUCAUGUUUAUUAUCUGGGUGUAUGGCUCUUUGUUUUUGGUCUUGUUUCUCCACUUCUGGUACCACGCUUACACAAAGGGAAAACGACUACCAAAAAUGGCGAAAAAUGGGAUCAGCAAAGAUCAGUGAAACACACUCUCAUCUCUAACAUCAAGAAAGUGUAUUCGUCAAAGUAGAAACUGCUUGACAAUCGAGAUACUUAGGUGCACACACUACAUGGUGUAUAUUUUGUAUGUUUUCGUCCAAAACAGAAUCUGUAUUUUUACCAUAAGUUAUUUGGGAUUCAGAAUUUGGGGGAUGAGGAAAGCAGUGAGGAUCUCUAAAGGAUUUUUUUCAACAUCUUGUUCAUGUCUGUUGUGUAAGAAAUCAAUGGAUAGAUGAUCUCUAGAAGAUGCUUGAAAAUAACAAUGUUCACUGGGGAAACUAAAAUGUGUAUGACGAGUACUGAGUACUUUGAACACUGAGAGAAAAAUAUUGCUUCACCUUAAAUGUUGUGAGUUGCUGAGACUGUAAGCUGCUUUUUAUUAAAAGAAUGAACCUUCAGUAAGUACCUUUUACAGAAUCUCAAGCUUAUUAUUAAUAAAGUUAAUACAUAAACAUUGCUACAUCUGUUUACAAACUGUAUAACUUUAAAGGAAGGAUUGUAUGCUAAUCUGUCAAGGUAUCGUGUUUCAUUUGAAGAUCAUAGAUUUCUGGAUAUACUGUCUAAGGUAACUUAAUUCACUUAAUGUUGUACUCACAAAUAUAUUGUUCUGAAUACUGGAAACCUGCUGAUUUGAAGAUUAUCUGAACUGUCUUAUAGUGUGAUAAUCAAAAAAUCUUACUGACUUGUUCACCAAAGUAGCCUAAUGUACUUACUAUUCAAUGUAUCUACGGAUAUAUUUUGAUAUUGGUAGCUUAGGCUGUUUAGGGAGGAAAAUAAUCUUGUCAUUCAGUAGCUAGAAUCUUAGUUGUUGAGUAAGUUUAAAAAACGUACUUUUGAUUGAAGGCUGAGUAUCACAUAGCAUGAUUUGUACUGUGUCUACUUUUUUCCAUUUCCAUUAUGUAUUGAAAUACAUGCCUACAAAGAU